AUGGCUAGUGGCAGAAGUAGACGUGAUCCUGCAUGGGAGCACGGAGAACAAAUCCCUGAUAACAAAAAUGGCAGCAUAUGCAAAUAUUGUGGGGUUACGAUGAAAAGUGGUGGAGUGACACUUCUUAAAUACCAUCUCAGUGGACUUGAUCCAGGAAACAAUGUGCAACAAUGUGAGGCCGUUCCAACAGAAGUGAAGAAUUUCAUCAAAACCUUAUUGAUGAAUAAACAAAAAAAUAAAGCACAAAAAGCACAUACAAUGGAAGAGAUUCGAGCAGAGCUUCGUGGAGACAUAAUUGGCUCAAAAGAUGAUAGCGACGAUGAGGUGUAUGAUGAUGAUGACAUGGGUCUUGAGGAACGAGCAGCAUUCCUACAAGCAAUUCGUAACUCCAAACAAGCACAAUGGGAAAGGGAACACCUCCACAAAGUUCCUAACAGAGGACAAUCUUCUGGGUCUAGUAGAGGCACACAUAUGCAACGAGCCUCAAGUUCCAGAGAAUCACAACCAAUGCAACCGUUGGCACCAAAUCUUAGCAAAUCAUUCCAAGCCCGCCAAAAGAGUAUUAAAAAUCUCUUUUCAAAAGGUUCAGUAAAGGAGGUAAUGGGUCGUUUGAUCGCAAAGUUUUUCAUCCAUGGUAAUAUUCCUGCAGAGAAAGCAGCAUGUCCUCAUUAUCAAAAUAUGGUGAUCGGAAUCCAAAGAGCAGGAGAAGGAGUUCAACCCCCCACACCUUAUGAGAUAAGGAACAAGUAUUUGGAUAUGGAGUUCAAAGACAUUUCUGAAUAUGUCAACACCUUGAGGGCAACAUGGGAGACUUAUGGAUGCACGAUCAUGUGCGAUGGAUGGUCAGGGCCAACUAGAUUGUCCAUCAUAAAUUUCAUGGUCUAUUCCAAAGGUACCACUGUUUUUCUCAAGUCAGUUGAUUCUUCUGGUGAGAAAAAAGAGCAUCACUAUAUAUACAAACUCUUGAAGGAAGUUGUCAGAGAGGUUGGAGAGCACAAUGCGGUUCAAGUGGUGACUGACAAUGCUGCUAAUUAUGUUAAAGCUGGUAAGAAGUUGAUGAAACACCAUAAUAUAUAUUGGACUUCUUGUGCAGCUCACUGCAUUGAUCUCAUUUUCGAAGAAAUGGGGAAGAAAGAACAAAUUGCAAAGGUGAUUGACAAAGGUAAAAUUAUUUCAAAAUACAUUUACAAUCAUAAUUUGUUGUUGAGCAAGAUGCGGGAUUUUUGUAAAGGAGAAAUUAUUCGUGCCGCACCAACUCGAUUCGCAACCAACUUCAUUUCAUUGGAAAGCUUGGUCAAGAAGAAGUCAGGAUUGAAGCAAUUGUUUUCAAGUGAUUGGUGGACCAACAUUAAUUUUAGUCGCACUGAUCAUGGUCGCAUUGUUGAAGAUAUUAUAUUUGAUCAAGCAUUUUGGAAUCAAGCAGAAAAUGUGUGUCAAAUUUCUGAGCCCCUUUAUAAAGUAUUACGCGUUGUUGACACAGAAGUCUAUCCAACCAUGGGUGCUGUUUAUGAGCUGAUGCGUGUAGUGAAACAAGAGUUAGAAAGAAAGUGUUUGGACCCAAAAUGA